AUGGCACAGAACCUGGCCAACGACGAAAUUUCUGUCAUUCUCGUCCCCGAUAGCCACGUUUUCGGUCUCAUGGCGCGUGUGAACAAAGUUAUCGUUGGUUGUGACACAGUAUACCCAGAUGGAUCGCUGAAAGCCCAAACUGGCACCUACGCCGUGAUGCUGGCAGCGAAACACUUCUCUAUACCAACAUAUGUGUGCCUUCCGUCAUACAAGAUAUCUCCAGUCAACUUUAACUUAGUCUCCAAUUGCUCAUAUGCCUCCGCAAAUACCCACGCAAAAUGCACCCCGGGAUCAAUGACCGGCUCGCUAGCCGCAGUAGAUCUCUCCGUAAAUUCACUGGAUACGCCUUCGAGACUACUACCCGACUCAGAAAAACUAUCUGGCGGACCGAAACCCGUUGUUUGGUUGCCGAAUUGGGACUAUAUACCUCCCGGUCUCACUAGCCUCUUUUUAACAACAGAAGGCGGGCAAGCGCCGUCGUAUCUUUACGCUAUGGUUCGCGAGCUCUUCCACCCAGACGAUGUCGCUGAAUCUGUUCAGUGGAUCCAAGCCUAA